UACCCUUUUGGCCUCUUAACCCCUAGUUUCGAAAAUUAGAACACACGAAUCUGCGGACCAAAAACCCACAAACGUUCGGAAGAGAAUGGCGGUUCCAGGGAGGCGGAAUGGUAUGGAGGAAGAUGACAACGAAGACGAAAACGCUCUGUUCGAAGAAGAGGGCUUGGAGGACCUCGACUCUCACACCCCUCCUCACCUUCGCGCCAUCGCUGACGCUUCUCAGCAAGGCGACCUUGACGCCCUUCGCCUCGCUCUUGAUAACUUAGAAGGAGGCAGCAUUGAUGAACCAGUGGAAGAUGGGGACACAGCUCUCCAUCUUGCAUGUCUCUAUGGCAAUCUUUCUUGUGUCCAGUUACUGUUGGAGAGAGGUGCAAACUUGGAGGCUACGGAUGAAGAUGGAGCAAUUCCUUUGCAUGAUGCUUGUGCUGGGGGCUACACUGAAAUAGUUCAACUUUUGAUUAACGGUGCUAAUGACGCUGCCCGUGUAAAGAGAAUGCUAGAAACAGUUGAUGCCGAAGGCGAUACUCCUCUUCAUCAUGCAGCGAGGGGUGAGCAUGCUGAUAUUAUAAGAUUGUUGCUGGCUUCUGGAGCUUCUCCUACAAAGGCGAACCUAUAUGGAAAGAUCCCAAGUGAUUUACCAGAACUAGCUACAGAAGCUAGGAGAAUUUUGGAAGCUGCAGCUGGUGCGACGGCAUGCCAGUAGGCUUUACUUGCUGAGGAUUUCGUGAAGGAUGUGACUCUGCUGCUUUUAUCUUAUUAGUAUUACCAGUCAGCAACACCAAAAUGACAAAAAUGUUGACGAUUUUGUCCCCCUUUGUUUAUCAUUAAUACUUUCAGAAUUUAGGAUAUUAAAUAUAGAAAAAUAGCACAUACUUGUGCAAGGUUUUUGGCUAUGCAGUUUCUCAAACUCCAUGUAUGCAGGUUUUCUGUUUUUGCUUUUCUUUGCACCUUUCCAAUGUUCUUUGGGUGGGGCGAUGCAAUAUCCUGUAAACCAUGGUUUUCGCUUUUUGACUAACCUGAGGAUUGUUGGGUUAUUAGUAUCACAGUUGAAACAAAAUUCUAUUUAUUUUU